UUGAGAAACAACAAUCCCAAUGUCAAGUUUAUGCUACGCGAGGGCAACUCAGUUAACCCUUGCAUAUACGUCAGGUACAAUUUUGGCAAGGAGUCAUUUGUUUCGGUGGAUAACGCUUCUACCGCCGAAAUAAUGAACAAGUUCGGCAAACUCACGACUGCCUAA